AGGAUUUUGAGAGAAAUAUAAUGGACAUCUCAGUGGAGGAAGAUCAGACGAACCAACCUUGGUUUUUUUGUAACCAUAACCAAGAAAUUAGGUUCGCACGGGAUUCAGUUGCUUAAACUCAUGUUCACUUAACGAAUUCGGUAAAUGAAAUGGACUUAACAAGAAAUAGGUUUUACGUGGGCACUGCUCGGGGGCUGUUGUUGUACACAGGAGAUAAACCCAACGAUGUCAAUAUCGCGAGAAAUGGUGAAACGACAGAAGUUACGGCGAUGGUGAAGGGCAGAAACGAAGACGAAAUUAUUUUGGGAUAUCAAAGUGGUCAUGUAGGUGUUUAUAACACACAACAAAAUGAGUUUAUCAAAUCCCUGACUGAUUUAGAAGGAGAUGGUGGCAUUAUUGGUGCGGGAUGUGUUAAAAAAGCUAUAAUAAGCGCCAAACGGAAUGGGAUUAUUCACGUGUCUAAAGGCAAAAAGAGAGAUUAUUUUUCGGUAAACUUGGAUGAAAAGGGCACCCUGGAGUCACUAAUUUGUAAUGAUAAUCGGGACAAUAUCGUUGGAAUUGGGGGAGAGUUCAACAACUUCAAACUCUUUAAUUUGGAAACAAAGCAGUGUGUUUUCAAAGCAAAAUCGUUGGGUCAUGACGAGUUACAAUUACCGAUUCCCACUUCGGUGAGAAGCAUAAUUUUCUUUCCAGAUGUACCAAAUUUAGCCGCUUGCGCAACCAAAGAGGGUUAUGUAUUGCUUUAUGAUGACCGGGCCCAACGUAAACCCAUUUCCAAGUUUUUAGAAAAACAGGCUAGUUAUACAACCAUCUCCCCUGCGUUCAGGGAAAGACAAUGUUUUGUGGGUACCACCAAAGGUUACAUGCAGAUGCUCGAUUUAAAAACUGCCAAAUGCCUGAAAACUUUCACUAAUUAUACAGGUAGCGUCACUAGCAUCAUCUGUGAUCCUGUGGAACCAUAUAUCGCUAGCACUAGCUUGGAUAGGUAUUUGAGAGUGCACAAUAUAGAUACUAAAGAACUAGUAUAUAAGUGUUAUAUGAAACAAAAUUUGACGAAAUUAUUCCUAAAACCAAUCAUUAAGGAUGAAGGCGAAGAAAAACAAAAGCAGGACGAGAAUGUUGACGAAGAAUAUGAGGAAAUGUUUAGGAAUAUGGAAACGGUAAUUGACGAAGAUGAAAUACCCAAGAAAAAGAAGAGGAAAUCCUUGCAUGACAAUCUUCGGAAAAAAUAAAAACACUUUUCGUCUAGAAAUUUUA